GUGCAGGGGGAAGUAACGUCACGUCGAACAACGCAAGUUAUAAGCGCCCAAAUUGAAAAGCCUUCCCUAACCUACGUUCUCCACUACGUUAUCCAACGUUUGCGUUCGGCCGUAUUCAAACUUGCCUGCGUCGUCCGAGAGUCGUCGUGCACGGUUACGCGAGUGGGAACGGCAUCUGCUGUUGUAAAAGUGGGCUCUCUUCGACCAAUUUAAUUGUGUUGUUGUGACUUUUAAAAAUAUUACCUUACUAGAUUGUGUGCGAAUAUCGUAUAUUUCAAAAAGAGAACUGACAAAAGUGACUUUACCCGUGAAAUUCCUUGUGAAACGACUAUCAAAAUAAAGCAGAAAAUAAAUAAAUAGGGAACGGUACAGCGCGUCACUAGUGAAGCGCGAGUGGUAAAAAGAAUCUUAUCGCAUUGAACAUAGGAGAGACUUUUGUUUAAUGAAGUGAACUUUGGUAACCAAAUUAAUAAAAAUUAUGACUCUUUGCUUGAAUGUUGACUACUGAUCGGAGCAGAUUGAAAUACAUAAUCACAAACCUUAGUAGUGAAUCACAAUGGACUGGAGAAUUCGAAGACACGCAUUCGAAUGUCGGUGAAGCCCGUUGAGGCCAGGGGCUUUUGAAACAGAUACAAUUGGGCAGGCUUCUAAAAUGGCAGAAGAGCAAAGUAAAUCUUCAAGCAAUAAAAACUCUACAGUUCUAACUGAAGAAAAGGAAUGUGAACCUGUGAUAAAACACGAAAAAAAUAGUGAUAGUGACACUAACAGUGAAUAUCUUAGCUGCAGUGAAGAACAAACUAACACAAACAGUAAUAGCUCUCCGUUUUAUGAGAGCAGUGAUAGUAAGAUAGAUUAUGCUGUUAAGUUAGAUGACAAUGAUACUUUAAGUGACAUUGAGGACAUCAAAACAGAUACUGCAUCAGCCGAUAGUGAAGAUUCUGCAUUGGGCAGUCUUCCACCUGAUAGCACACCUAAUGACAAAGAAGAAUUUGCCCAGGAUCGGUCUGAUGGAAGCGAUUCAGGACUCGGAUCUGAAACACCAGAAGAUGUAAAGCAACCCAGCUUUAAUCUCUCACUGCCAAGUGGCAGUGACCAGAAGUGUCCAAUACCAGAUGAAGAAGAUGUAAAUAUCAGUUCAUCAGGUAACAUUACUAAUCAAGAAAAUUUGGAACAAAAUACUAUUGCAGUCGUUGAAAAACCACAAAAAAGUAGCCUCAAAAGAAAGAGUGAAGAGGUACUGGAAAAUGAAUCCCAACAUAAAAGGAAAAAGCACAGCAUACAAUUUGAUAGUGUUACAGUGUUUUAUUUCCCCCGGGCCCAAGGUUUUUCAUGUGUUCCAUCACAGGGAGGCUCCACCUUAGGCAUGGAAUGGGAACACAAUCAUGUACAAAAAUUCACACUGCCAGAACAUGCAAUGGAACAAAGAAGAUUGCACAGGCAGGUCCUACAGCAAUUAAAAAGUGAACGCCACUUGCUCGAAGGAGUCUCUCUUUCCUCAAGUGAAGAUAGUGACACAGAAGAGGAAACCAGUGACAUAUCUGAAUCGGAAUUAGAUUUGGACAGUUAUUAUUUUUUGCAACCUGUACCUACUAGACAAAGGAGAGCAUUAUUAAGAGCAGCUGGAGUAAGGAAAAUUGAAGGCUAUGAGAAAGAUGAAUGUCGAGACAUACGAUCAUCUCGUGAAUUUUGUGGAUGUGCUUGCAAAGGGGCAUGCAAUCCAGAUAGCUGCUCAUGUAGUUUGGCUGGCAUUAAGUGUCAAGUGGAUAGAUUAAACUUUCCCUGUGGAUGUACAAGAGAAGGCUGUGGUAAUACCACUGGAAGAGUCGAGUUUAAUCCUAUCAGGGUGAGAACACACUUUAUGAAUACUCUUAUGAGACUAGGUCUCGAGAGGAAAAAUGAGGAAAAUCAGGAGGCUGCCAAAAGAAAAUGGGCUGAAGCACAAAUUGCAAUUGCAGCCUGUGUACCUAAUUCAUAUGAAAAAGAAAACUGCCACAGUCACCAAGAGGUUAUAUGUAACACUAGCCUACAGAAAUUGGAAAUGAAUUCGUGUUCAAGCAAUUUUGACAAUAUUAACCAUAUAAAUCCAUCCGACUCACAAAAUAACACAGCAUUUGCUUUCAGAAAUGAAGCUAAUUUAAAAACAAACAUGUUGGGGUACGAGAACAAAUCUGAACAUAUGCACAACCCUUACACAUCUAACAUACUCCAAGGGAAAGGUCCACCUUACUCAGCUGCAAAUACAAUGGAAUUCAACACAAUACCGAAUAACAUGCAAAGAUAUACAUGUGAUCUCAAUUAUUCUUAUGACCAAGCACACCCACCCAGCCACCAAUUAAGGAGUUUACAAAACAUUUCAGCUUCUAGUUUUGAAGAGUUUGCUCAUAACUCUCAAAUGUCAAUGCUCAACCAAUACGGCCACAUGUAUGAUUAUAUGCAUAAACCUAGCACAAGCAUGUCUGAACACAGCCCGGUGCAGUACCAAGCUAUACCGCAUCAUUAUGAAAUGUAUAAAAAUAACCUGGAGUGUGUAAAUACUGAAAACAAAACUGAAACUCAAUAUACAACAUUAAUAACGAUGCCAUAUCAGCAAAGCAAUAAGUUGCAAGCUGUUGAGAACGAUGAAAACUGGUUUAGUCAUAAUACCCUGUUGAACUUGGACCACUCAAUGCAGGUGACUCCAGAGACACCAGCUCUGCAACCUGAGCCAACUGCAAACCCAGUGGAAAGUGACACAAGUGACACUACUGAAAACUUUGGUGAACUUAUAAAAAAAACUAUGGUAGAAUCUGUUAUAGUGUAGUUGAAUUAUUUGUUGUCUUUAAUCCUUUCAAUAAAUUAUCAUGUUAUUAAGUUUAUAAUAAUAAUAAUUAUUAAUUAUUAUAUUGAUUGGAAAUAUCA